AUGCGGCUGAAGGGUGCUUGCCCAAGUGAAAGUGGGCUAGAGAGUCAGAAGACUCAAGUUCAAGUUACAGGGCAGUGUGUUGAUGGAGGUGCAGAAGUCAAUUUGUCCUCCCAGGAAGUAAUUGGACGAGAUAAGAUACAGGAUAAAGCAUUAGCACCUUUGCUUAGAAUUCCUCGAGAUGAUAUUGGUUCGGGAGAUGCAAGAAAUUACUAUGUCGAGGAUACGGUUGUGAAUCAGUUCUUCAUUUUGCUUAAAAGAAGGUAUGAGAAGUUCCCACAUAAAUACCUGAAGCACCAUUCCUUCGAUUCUGCUACAGCUACUUUCUUGAUUAACGGAUCAAAGGCCGAAUAUGAAGUGUUAAGUUGGGUUAAACAAGAGGACUUGAAAGGCGUGAGCAAGUUGUUUCUGCCCACGUGUUUGCGUGAACAUUGGCUUCUUUUUUAUGCUGACAUUGACGAUAAAAAAUUGCUAUGGUUGGAUCCAAACGAAUAUUCUCGAAUGUUCAAUGCUUCAGAGAAGCAGGUGAUCAGGCGGUGGUUUUCAGAGUUUCUAUUGCCAUCCAUGGGUCAUAAUAAUGCCAAGGGUUGGCCGUUUCAUGUCCCGGAAAAUAUUCCUAUGCAAAAGAAGUAAGCAAGCUGUCCUUA